GGCGUUUCUACAGCUCAUACGAGCGCAGAUUGCUGAGGCUGAGCGCCGCCGUAAGUUGCUUGGUGGUCUCUGGAAUCUGUCGGCAGCACAACUCGACCUGAAGUCCUGCGAACUGGAAGAAACAAUAUGGCAGACACUUUGAAAGGAAGAGUUGCGCUGGUUACUGGAGCUGCGAGAGGCAUUGGAGCUGCUAUUGCCGAAGCUUUGCUCCAGAAGGGAUGCAAGGUUUGCAUUGCUGAUAUCCUUGAAGACGAAGGAAACAGCGCAUGCAAAGCGCUAAAAGCUCAGUAUGGAGAUGAAUCUGUCUGCUUUCAAGCCAUUGAUGUCACUAAGAAGGACUGUUUUGAAGGUGCCUUCAAAGACAUCAUUAAGCGAUGGGGCGCGGUGACCAUCUUGGCCCAUAACGCGGGUAUAGGUGGCGAGGAUCAAUAUGAACGUGUGAUCAACAUCAACUUGGUAUCCUACGUUACGGCUGGACACCUGGCUCUGCAGUACAUGGGAAAGGACAAAGGAGGAGAAGGAGGAAAUGUCGUCUUUACGGCUUCUUUUCUGGGUCUUUUUGCUUUGGAGGGGGUGCCGGCUUACACAGCAAGCAAGUUUGGCGUUGUAGGGCUAGUUCAAAGUUUCUCGGGCAAAGUGUACGAGUCAAGCGGAGUGAGGUUUGCUGCGUUAUGUCCAGGUGUGACUGAUACACCCCUAGCAAGGCCAUUCCUUUCCGUAGACAAAUCCGGUGAAUGGAGCCCUCUGAAGUCCCUCAUGGCAGUGAAAGGAAUGGAAGGCGUGAGCACAACGGAGCUGAUCGCCGGUGGAGUCAUUCAACUGCUGAAGGAUAACCGCAAUGGAGCAGCGCUGAUUGCGCACUGUAACCUGGAUGGACACUACCGCUACGUGAGCGACUCGCACUUCGAUGCUAAUGCAAUCUUAGCAGCUACUACACCAGCGAAGACAUCUUAGCUGACCUGCUGAAGACGCGAUGUCCUUCCUUCUUGUUAUUAUUUGUUUUCGUAGAAUAAAGAUGUGCAUCGUGAAUUAUUAUGAUUGAUUGACUUAAAGAAUAAAUAAAAUGGAUAAUUUA